AUUGUAUUUGCCAUAUUCCGCCUCCUUUGCCCAUUUUGGCCGGUUGGCUCGGUCUACAAAAGUAAACCGGACAUACAGUGUGAGUUAAAGGCAGCUCUGGCAGCUGUCACAGUUGUUGCAGCUGGCUUGCCUGGCAAGUUAGGCAGCGGGCGGCUUGCUCGUCUAUAGCGACCGCAGCAGCUGUACAAGCAGCCUAUCAAGUCACUCUUUUGGGGCUGGUGCCGCUGUGGCCCAAGGCCUCUUCAGCGGCAACCCGCAAGCUGCCUCCCCCGCCUACAAGCCAGAAACCCGUGCACUGUUUUUUUUGGUUUGGCGCCUGCCCCGUCUCCGCCAUCAUCCCGCACGCCAGGUGGGGUCUCUUUUCGUCUCUUUCUUGUUGACGAGCCUUUUCUCUUCAUCCAACGACAGCUUUCUUGCAACACGGUACCUCCUGCUUGCGCGGACACGGUGACUCCAGUAUACUUAUUUUGAGGUUCUGCUGCUUUGACGUGGCCUGUUCCUUUCCUUACCUCUGUCUGGCGUUCUCGCAGAGAAGGUCCUGUGCUGUCACAAGCUAUUACGUUGGCCCGUCAUCCGCUUCGUCCAGACACCCGACUACUCUACGAUCUCGGCUUCCCAAGCGCUGCGGCGCUCCUAUUAGUGGCUGGUUCUUAAAGCUUUGCGUGCAAAGAAGUUUCGUGCAUCUUGCCUGCGGUGCCCAAAAGAAAGCACAUCCUCAGUAGCCGCCGACCAACGAGCCCCUCCAAACGCGCGUACCAUCCGGUCGACCAGGGCAGCAGCUCACGCACCAGGCGCUGAAUAUAUGCGUUCAACCUGACGAUAGAUUUAAAAUAUCGAGGUGACCUGCUUGCGAAAUAAUGAUGGCUGGCCUGUUUCGGAAAGUGUACGACUGGUUAAUCCGGACCUUUUGGGCCCAGGAGAUGGAGGUGACCAUGAUCGGGUUGCAGAAUGCUGGCAAGACAUCUUUGCUGCGAGUAUUAAGUGGCGGAGAAUUCACGGUCGACUCGAUCCCGACAGUUGGCGUAAAUAUGAAGCGGGUAGUCCGCGGCAACGUAACAUUAAAAUGCUGGGAUCUCGGCGGCCAGCCACGGUUUAGAACCAUGUGGGAGAGAUACUGCCGCGGUGUCAACUCGAUUGUCUUUAUCGUCGAUAUUGCCGAUUUGCCCCUGAUACCAAAAGCAAAAGACGAACUGCACGCUCUGAUGAGCCGAGAAUCGCUCAUGGGUAUACCUCUUUUAGUCCUCGGCAACAAGACGGAUCUAGACGAGAAGCUCUCUGUCGACGAACUGAUUGACGAACUCGACCUCAAGAGUAUCCAAGGUAGAGAAGUAUCCUGCUACGGUAUCAGUGCCAAAGAGGAAACAAACCUUCGCGCAGUUGUCGACUUUCUCAUGAAAUGGCGAACGAUCCAGUGAAUAUGCUCCCGACAGUAGCAUGACCACGACAGCAAUCGACGCCAUCCCAUCGAUCGAGGUCGGUUAUCGAUAGGGCGGCCGACCAUUCAUUUUCCUUUGAUAUAUAUUUUCCCCUCUCACGAAUUUAUGACCCCAGACAGCAACGAGGAAGCAUAAGACUUACCGCUCCGACAAUCUCCUUCACGGGAGAGACACAGCGUCGCUUUGGACUUGCUGGAGAGCCUCGUUGCCGUAAAUGUUGGCAUUUCCUUUCUCGCCUGUUAGCAUGUUUUGUUUUUUUUUGUUUUUGCAUGGAGGAAAACCAUCUAGACCGAGGCUAGUUUACUCCAACAGACUAGCAUAGUUCGGAAAUGGACGGCAUGUUGUUUUUGAUGUCUUUGACUGGCGCUGGCCAUGUAUUUACCUUUCUCUUUUGCUCGGCAUUUUAUCUGAUUCGCAUGUUGGUACGGAAAGACUGGCAUUCCGGGGAUUGGUGGUAAUUCAACCGGACGUGGAGGAGCGAUAUUUUUGGAUUCCGCAAGCGAUGAGAUAUGAAUAAUGAUUUCUUUCCUUGAUACUGUGUUGUGUUCUUGUUUGCUGCGUGCUUGCGUGCUUUCUUUCGGUUGUGGGAAGCGAUAUAGAGAAUGCUGCAGCUGAGUAAGUACAUGGUGAUGAGUGUUGGUGUUGUUGUUGCAGGGAGACAACGGGCGUUUUCAUAGGAGCAGGCAGUGAAAUGAAUGACAAUAUUCCUCUCGCUUCUG